GCUACGCACUUGCAUUUCCCCGGAAUGAAUGGCUCCCCCUCGUUCUGCACUUUCUGGGGUGAUGAAAUGUUCUAAACUGAAUGAAUUCACUAGACACCGUCAAAACCACACCAACAGCUAAGGAACAUGUGCCAGAGAUGCCUAGAGUUUAUCAGGAUAAGACGAUGAUGUGAGAAAAUUGCAAAUAAAGGGACGUGAACACCAGCUGGGAUCUCGCAGAGGCCGCCCACCUCUGCGCAGUUGGAGGUCCGCAGGCUGAGCCAAGCCAGGAGAGGACUCCACAUCAGUGAGGCAAGGAGAGAGCACAAACACACUCGCUCUUCUGCACACCCCCUUUAAAAAUUCUUAGUGUGCAUGGGCAUGGAGAUCUGUGAGAAAUUUAGCCAUCUGCUUGACUCUAUUUAAGUCAUUAAUUUUAAAUGCAGUUGACCCAGAAGUCCCUCAUUCCAGGACACCUAUGAAGCCCUCAGGAAAAAAGAUGGGAAAUAUGAUUCUGGGGACUAUGGAGACUUGAAACCGAGGAGACCUGCAGGAGAGAGAGCCUGCCAUGCUUCCUGUGGAGGUGUGAGCACAAUCUGCCGGCCAGGGAGGGACAGAGCAACUGGGCCAGUGCAGUCCGUCCUAGCAGUGGGGACAACGGUGGAAGCCACAGCAAGCCCAGGGUAACAGGAAAGGAUGUCUAAGUGCUGCGGGUGCAGGGGGUCCGUGGCGAUAGUUAGUGACUGUCUAUGUCAGGGUCACACUGCAUUUCCCAAGCCCCUCCACUUCACCUGGAAAACCUUUCAUGGAGGGAGAGGUCAGCAGCAAGAACUUCCUCCAGACUCGCUUCAGAGAUGCACCAGAGAUGCAAAAGCACGGGUGAAGGAAAGUGGGGGGGGGGAAAGAAUGUCAAAAUGUCAGAUCAGGCAAAGGUUAUAUGAGAAAGAGUGAAUAAAGAUAAAAGAUGUUUAUUCUAAGCAACACGUGCUCAAGAACACAGUAAGAUGGGGAAAACCUUGCCUGUUAAUUUCAAUGCAAGUGACCUCUAUAGUGAGAGCUUAUUAAAAUUAUGUAUAUUUUUUAUUCUGGGGGCGGGUUUCAGGGAUUGAACUAAGGGUACUCCAUUACUGAGCCACAUCCCCAGCCCUAAUUUGUAUUUUAUUUAGAGAUACAGCCUCACUGUGUUGCUUAGUACUUUGCUUUUUGCUGAGGCUGGCUUUGAACUCGUGAUCCUCCUGCCUCAGCCUCCUGAGCCCCUGGGAUUACAGAUGUGCUUCACUGUGCGUAUAAUUCUUCUUAGCUCAAUUUUAUGGGUAUAUAAAAUGGAUCCAACUUAAGCGAACAUUGUGAUGAAUUUUAGCAAAUAUUGGCACCACCACAAUGAAGAUGCAGUCCAUCUUCAACACACCAGCGUGCUCUCCUGUAUCCUUUGCAGAAAAUUCCCUCCUCAACUCCAGCAAUGGGCAAUGGUAGACCAUCUGUGACUGCAGAUUAGUUCCCCUUUUUUGUACUAAGUUUUACAAAGAUGGAAGACUAGGGUGUGCACUUUCUGGUAUGUGGCUUUUCUGGCUCAUUCUAAUACUUUUGAGACUCCUUCCUGCUCUCUAGCUGAUGUGCUGGCCACCUCUCGCUCAUCCUGUCUGGUUAGUAUGAUGUCACCAAUGUGAUCCAUCAGUGGCACGUUCUAUGGAUGUCAGGUGUUCCAGACCUUUUUGAAUCUAUUAUGACAAAAGACAGGAAAGAGAACAUCACUGAAUCAACAGCCCCACACUGUGCACCUGUGAAAAGAGAUGGCUGGGGAUCUUCCUGAACUGCCUAUCUUCUUGGCCUGCUCCUCCAGUGGCUUAUAAAUUCUGUGAGUGACCCAAUAUGCUUCUAAGACGUUGAUUUUCUACCCCAGUUAGCCAGAAUCAGUUUGGUUACUUGUAUCCCAAAUCCUGACUGAUUCAAAAGUUGGGCACCAGGGUAUGAAUUGUGAGCAAGGCACCUUUAAAGAUUAUGUGGUCUCUCUGGGAUUGUCACCUGACAUAGCUGGACAUGAAAGGAAGUGAGCACCCUGUUUGUGUUCACCAACUGGAAUUCGGCAGGCUUUGCCUAAAGUCGCAGGUUCUGACUGUGCUGACUCCUGGUUCCAUGUGUGGAUUCUGGCGCUCUCAGCCACAUGGAGAGGAAUCUUCCAGGCCAAAUGAGAGCUUCAACUUGCCUGUAGGGAUUACCACUGACUUGGCCUAAAUCUGGGUGGGAGCAAGGAGGCAGGCCGGGGUCUCUUGGCCCCAGGGUCACAGGGAGGUAAAGAGAUGGUUCUGCCCACGCUGUCUCAAGCCCCGUCCCGCAGGCACCUUCCGUCUCCCAUUUGCCCCCGUCUCAGACCCAUUGUUCUACCUGGAUUUCUGCUUUUGCUUAUUUAUUUCAUUUGAAUUUUGCUCCAAUUUCUUUGUCUUUCAACUUUAUAUCCAUGUAGUUGUUUUUGAGAGUUGUUUCAGAUCCUUUUCAGAAUGAGGGUCAGGUAUAGUAAAAAAAACAAAUAAACAAACAGAAGAACCCUCCCCACCCCCUGCAUAAACAGAUGUGUGCCCUGUCUUCCCGCAUCUCCUUGUCUUUGAAGGUCUAGAUCAUCUCAGCUCUGAGCCUCCAUCCAGGAGGCUCUCCUCCGCGUUCUGAUGAAAUGGCUGAAGCUGAUGUUCCCAGGCACCCUGGCUGCGGUUGUGAAGUGCCCGUACAUACAAGCAACUUAGAAUUCCGCUUUGGCCUCUGCUCCAAUUCUCUGCAUCUGCCUUUGGUUGGAGGAGUGGGAAGAGUCUUUUCCUACCUCUGGGUGCUCUCCAGAGAGGCUGAGAGCUUUCUAAUGCCACGAGUCUCUACCUCCAAUAACUAAGUCUGACUCCUCCAGUCCAGGCUGGCCAAGGUGACUGGCCAGGCACAGGCCUGAGAGAACAUUCUCAAGGCUUCACUUUCCCAGCCACCGUGGCAAGCGGAAGGGGCAAACAUGGCAUUUGCUUCCCCCAUGUGAACCAUGCCACCUCAUCUCAGGACAACAGUGGUCCCUGGUAGUUGAAUGGACUUUCCCACCCUGUCUUUCAGGAACUCCUGGGUUGGCCCGUUCCUCCUCUCCAGGGCACAGGCUAGAGUAUUGGUGCUUGGUGCAGCCACUCCACACCGUUGGGCAAUUUCACUUUUCUCUUCCCCUUUUGACGCAAACCCCAAGGGAUGGAGGGGUUGACCAAUUGGUAGGGUUCUCCUUUGAUCUCUGGGAUGGCACAGAGGUAGUGGAAACCUAACCCGGCUGCGGCUAAGCCAAGCGCACGGCCCAGGGGCCAGCAGUAGGGACGGCAGACGUGGACCCAGAGUCUCAGUUUCAGGGACUCUCUAAAUUGCCCCAGUUGGCCUUGAACUUGCAAUCCUCCUACUUCAGCCCCUCAAGUUGCUGGGAUUCCAGGUCUUCGAUUGGACAAGGCCCACCCACAUCAUGGAAGGCAAACAGUCUUACUCCUAAUUCACCAAUUUAAAUGCUCAUCUUAUUUUAAAACAGCCCCCGCCCACAAGUUGACAUGUGAAAUCAACCAGCACAGUAUCACGUCAAUACCAGGGAAGAUCUUAAUAUUAAUCAAUUUGAUGCUUUCCUAAAGAGCUUAGCUUGGUGUUGGUUAGAACAGGGGUGGCCACAGAGCUCCCCAGGAUGGAGUUCGAGAACAGAGAGGAGCAGUUUUUGCAUGAACACCUUUUCAGGCAUUUCAAAGAAAACAAGGUGGAGAUUGCGAGUGCAAUAACCAAGCUGUUUCCUUUCCUCAUGAGCCUCCGAGACCGCGCCUUCAUCUCUGAGCAGAUGUUCGACCAUCUUCAAGAAGCCUGUAGAAACCUGGUCCCCGUGAACGCAGUGGUGUACACCGUCCUCAGUGAGCUGGAGAGGACCUUCAGCCUGUCGCUUCUGGACGAACUGUUCAGCCGCACCAAUCUGACGGCCUACCCAGACUUGGUGGAGAUUUCCAGAAGCUUCCUAAAUGUUUUCCGUGAGUGCCAGGCUCUCUGGAGUUGGAGUGGAGGCGAGGCUGAAAUCACAGACAGACAGCAUCCAGGUGUCGGGGCAGUGCCCCAGAAAUAUUCUCUACAAAUGGAUGAAGGAAGAGAAUCAGAAGACAUGCCCAGGUUACUACCUUAUGAUAGAGAAGAGCCCUUCGAUCCCCAAACUCCCCUUGAGACUCCCAGAGGAGGAGGAGAACCACAGGAGGCUUUUCCUCCGCAAGCAGAGGGAGGCAAUGCCUAUGUGGAUAUGCAUGAGGAAGAAGAACCACAGGAAGCCCCCUGCUCCUCCCCAGGACAUGCACCAGAGGGAGGCAAUGCCUAUGUGGGUAUGCAUGAGGAAGAAGAACCACAGGAAACCCCCUGCUCCUCCCCAGGACAUGCACCAGAGGGAGGCAACGCCUGUGUGGAUAUGUGUAGGGAAGAACAACCACGGGAAGCCCCCUGCUCCUCCCCAGGACAUGCACUAGAGGGAGGCAACGCCUGUGUGGAUAUGUGUGGGGAAGAAGAACCACAGGAAGCCCCCUACUCCUCCCGAGGACAUGCACCAGAUGGAGGCAGUGACUUUGGGGAUAUGUGUGGGGAAGAAGAACCACAGGAAGCCCCCUGCUCCUCCCCAGGACAUGCACCAGAAAGCAACAGCUUCUGUUUACAAAUGUCUGAUGAAGAAGAGGCCCAGGAAGGCUUGGGCUCACCCCCCGCGGGUGAGCCAGUAUCUGGUGAAUUAGAAGAUCACCAAACGAAUAAAGAAGGAGAGUCAGUAGAGCUCACUUCCAACCUGCUCUGCUCUGAUGGACAAGACACAGAGCAACCAGCACAGGGAAAGUGUUCCUGUGUCAUGUGUUUCUCAAGAGAUGUGCCAGGAGGCUCAGGAACAGGGGUGGACAGCAGCCAAGCACAGGAUGCGACGGACACUGGGAAUAUUGGAAACCAAGCUACUUUAGGAAAACCCAAGAGCAAAAGAAGAAAAAAGAAAGGACAUAACUGGUCAAGAAUAAGAAGGAAAAGGCCACAAAACAUACUUCAAAAAGGCAACAGCACAGCUAAUGACCACAAGGCGUCCAGCAACGAGGCGGUGAAAAUGAACCUGCGAGGCCCUGCUAGGAUCAGGGGUAGGACAAAAUCGGUAGCACGUUACCUCCGCAUUGCAGAGAGAAAGAGAGGCAGAUCUAGAAUCCACCUAACUCAGAAAGCUAGAGUCGCAUGGCAAAGAGGAUCAAGAGGUUCAAGAAAGGUCAGAAAUCAAUUUGUGGAUUUUUGUGCUCCAUUACUUCCUGUGAGCUGUGGUGAGCUGAAAGGAAUUUUAUUUAAGGAGAAAUUGGAAAAAGGAAUCUCCAUAAAGUGUAUACUGAGUGAGACUGGAGACUGGCUCACGCCCCGUGAAUUUGAAAUCAAAGGAGGCUACGCAAGAUCCAAGUACUGGAAACAGAGUGUGUACUGUGGCGGGCGGCCCCUGUUAUGGCUGAUGCAGGAAGGAUUUCUACCUCAUCCUCCAAGAAUAUAUCACAGGAAAAAAAAGACAACACUACAGACUCACAACAAUGUUGACCCGGAUACAACACCACAGACUCACAACAAUGUUGAACCUGAUAUGGGAAACUCGGAAGUGUGUGAGGUGUGUCGGCGUAGGGGACUGCUGUUCUGCUGUGACACUUGCUCCAGAGCCUUCCAUAGGAACUGUCACAUUCCACCAGCAAAGAUUGAGGAGACCCCGUGGAGUUGCAUUUUCUGCAGGAUGGGCUCCUUAGACAGUCAAGAGAGUCAUCGGGAAUCUGAGAUCCUAGAGAGGCAGAUGCAGCCCGAGGAACAGCUGAAAUGUGAGUUCCUCCUCUUGAAGGUCUAUUGCUGUUCGGAGAGCUCCAUUUUUGCCAAGGAUCCACGUUAUCAUCGUAUGAGGGAGACUUGUCAAAGUCUGAAGGAACCUAUGUGGUUAAACAAAAUCAAGAGAAGGCUGAAUAAUCAGGGUUACUCCCAAGUGAAGGGGUUUGUGCAGGACAUACGCCUCAUCUUUGAGAACCACAGGGCCUCGUACAAGUACCGUGAGUGUGGCCAAAUGGGAAUUAGACUGGAGACUGAAUUCGAGAAGAAUUUGAAGGGACUGUUCACCAUUCAGGAAACAAAUGAAAAUAGUUGACUGGGGCAGUAACUGCUCUUGGUGUUCUGGUGCAAUUUAUUUUUCUGCCAAGAUCCCCCACCCUCGGCUGCAGUGAGCACCGUUUACGAAGUCUAGCAUCCCUGAGCCAAAGAAAGCCAGCUUCAGCCGGGGUGGCACCGCCCAGCCUGUGAGCUGGUUCCCUUGCCUUAAGGUAGAACCAGGGAUACCGUGGCUACGGAUCCCACGGAACCAGGCUGAAGCUCGUCUGCAGCUGACCUCACCUUUCUCGCUUUGUUAGGUUGCUCCCUCGCUCCUCUUCUCCUGAGAGAGCUUCACAAUAAACCAAUACCUUAAGAUACUCCAA